AAGCAUUUUAUCGCAGCAUAAAAAAAAGCGAUUACUAUCGCAGCAGUGCGGGCGAUGAUUAGAUGUACCUACCUGGCGCUGCCGUCAGAAAGACAUCUUCAUCAUUGGCCAUUGUUAUCGCGCACGUUUCCAUGUGGUCAUACUUGGCGUAGAAUAUGAGUUGUCCCAGCAAAAAUAUUUACUCUCGUCAGUUGAAGCGGAGCCGUUAGUGAAAGCGAAAGUCUGUCGAAUACGUUGUUGCCAAAAACAGGUCGUGCGGGAUGCCCGUCGAUCUUUACUGCCACAUAGUGGCACCGUUCUGUCGAUCCGUGAUCCUGCUGUCGGAGGCCCUCGGAGUGGAGUUAAAUUACAUUGAAGUGAACGUACUGAAGAAGGAACAUCUGAAACCGGAAUUUCUGGCGAUCAAUCCGCAGCACUGUAUUCCAACACUGGUGGACGGCGACGUCGUAGUAUGGGAAUCGAACGCUAUUCUGAUCUACCUGGCGGAGAAGUACGGCACGGAGGGUAAAAAAUACUACCCCGACGAUGUUGUAGAACGGUCCAAAGUGAACCGUUUGCUGUUUUUCCAAUUGGGAACAUUCCACCGUGCACUGUCGACAUAUUAUUAUCCAAUUAUAGCCGGAAUCGGCGAAGGAAAGCCAGAGGACUUCCGAAAAGUUCAGGAUGCUGUCGCCACUAUGGACAGGUUCCUGGAUGGGAACAAAUGGCUGGCGGGAGCCGAUCUUACCGUGGCUGACUUCAGUUUAGCGAUUAGCGUUGCCGCUCUCGAGGGAGCAAUAAAAUUCGAUUUAACAGUUUACAAAAACGUAAACCGCUGGUAUCAGCAGUGCAAGCAAGAGUUCACCAAAUUUGAAGAACUAACACGGGAUGCUAGCGAGAGAUCCCAGGAAAUGGUGGCGGCUUUGCGCCAAUACAAACUGGAUGAAAUAAAUUCUGCGAGAGAGCCGUGCAGUAGUGGGAUUAAUAACAAUAAUGAUCCUCCUCCUCCGAAACCGCCCUGUCCGGACUCAGCUUGACAAGUGUAUUCAUA